UUAAACUUUUGCAAUCCGGAAGCAGGUGCUUGGGCAUGCGUCGUAGAAAUUUCAUCGGCUGCAUGACUUAGCGAAGUAAAGGCGACAAACAGAACGAUAUAAACUAUGAGUUCCAUUGGAACAGGUUAUGACCUGUCUGCGUCUCAGUUUUCUCCUGAUGGACGUGUGUUCCAGGUGGAAUAUGCUCAAAAAGCUGUUGAAAACAGUGGGACAGCUAUAGGCAUUCGUGGCAAGGAUGGUGUAGUAUUUGGUGUGGAAAAACUGGUGACAUCAAAGUUGUAUGAACCAGGCUCAAACAAGCGGAUCUUCAAUAUUGACAAACAUAUAGGAGGGGCUGUGGCUGGUCUUCUGUCUGAUGCACGCCACCUGGUGGACCAAGCCCGAGAGGAGGCAUCUAACUACAGAUACAACUAUGGCUCAUCCAUUCCUCUCAAGCACCUGACAGACAGAGUGUCCAUGUACGUCCAUGCCUACACACUAUACAGCUCGAUCAGACCAUUUGGUGUUGGUGCCAUUCUCGGCUCCUAUGAAGCAGAUGGUCCUCAGAUGUAUCUGAUCGAUCCUUCAGGUGUAUCAUGGGGUUACCAUGGCUGUGCUGUAGGAAAGGCAAAACAGAAUGCCAAAACAGAAAUAGAAAAACUAAAGAUGAAAGAUAUGACAAUGCAAGAACUUGUGAAAGAAGUAGCAAAAAUAAUUUAUAUUGUUCAUGAUGAAGUGAAAGACAAGGCUUUUGAACUUGAGCUCAGUUGGGUUGGAGAAGGUACUGGUGGCAGACAUGAGCUUGUACCUCCAGAGGUAUUCACAGAAGCUGAGAAAUAUGCAAAGGAAGCACUUGAGGAGUCUGAUGAUUCUGAUGAUGAAGAGUUAUAGUAGCAUGAUCCAGUGUUGUCACAGAGACAUUUACAUAGACUCACAUCCAUAUAAUGGUAGAGUUCAACUGCAUGUGGUGUACUGGACUUCAUGGAGGAACUCAUCCUUUGCCAUAUUUUCAACAUGUACUGAAAGAACGCCACUAGUGUAAAAAUACUUCCACAACUGAAUAUGUUGUGUGUUUUAAGGAGACAGUUAUGGAAAAAUCGUAAAUCAGUAACAUCUUUCUUAAAGGAAUCAUUUGACUAUUAACUGAUCUUUAUAUGAUGUAAGAAACUAACAUUGAUGAUAUUCUUCUUUAUUUCAUGUGGGUUUUGCAUUGUUAUGUGUAUCCUAUAUUUUCAACUUGAUCCGUGUGAUCAAAUAAAAUAUAAUUAUCAUCAA